GCUUUCAGUUGUUUGCUUGAUAAGUUCUUGUUACUGCUGCUUCAUUAGACCCAGAUACUGAGCUUAGGAGCUUGGAAUUUAGGUUUUGAUCCCUACUUAAGUCAAAUUAUUCAUAUUUACAAUACGGAACAAAUUCUUGGUUCAUUCAUAUUACCUCUAAGUCAGGAUUAGGAGAAAUUGUGCGGUGAAGGAAAGAUCCUGGAUUACCUUGUUUCUUCAUUAUAGAUGCAACGCAGCAAAUAUCAAUGGAAGUUGGGAACAAUAGUAAGUUGGUCAGUCCACAAAAUGAAAAUGUGGAGACUGAAAUUCAAACAUCACGGAGGUUGGAAGUGGACCAAGGGGAGGAUGAAUGUCACACAGAAGACCUUUAUGAUGAUGGUGGGUUGGUCGAAUGCCCUAAUCCAUUUGAAGAUACAAGCAAAGAUUUAAUUCAUUCAAAAGUUUCGAAAGAAUGGAUACCAGAAGUUGGUAUGGAGUUUGAUUCAGAGCUGGCUGCUUAUAAAUUUUAUAGUAGAUAUGCUGGAGCUGUGGGUUUUAAUGUUAGAAGAGAUAGCGCACAUAGAAACAAAGAUGGUGCAUUUAGAGAUAGAGUAUUUUGUUGUUCCUGUCAAGGCCAACGUCAACCAGAUAAAAGAGAGAAAGAUAUGAGGAAUCAUCGGCCAGUUACAAGAUUUGGUUGUUUGGCAAAGAUGAAGAUUGUGCUUCAAAAGAACGAGAAAUUGCGUGUUACCCAGUUUCUACAAGACCAUAGUCAUAAAACUGAACCCCCUAGUAAGGCUCACUUGUUCAAAUUGCAAAGAAAUUCAAGUGUUGCCCAUGCUGCUGAAGCUAAUUUAACAAAUGAGUCUGGUGCAGCACCAACUGCAAUCUUGGAAGGGACAAUUGAUCUUUAUCAAAUGGAUUACAAAAAUUACUUGCAUUCUAAGCGGAUGAUACAAAUGAGGGUUGGAGAUACAGGAGGUGUCUUAAAAUAUCUCCAACAGAUGCAAUUGGAAGAUCCACCCUUUUUUUAUGCAAUACAAGUGGACGAGGAUGAUUUAAUGACCAACAUUUUUUGGGCAGAUUCGAGGAUGGUGUUGGAUUAUGCUCAUUUUGGUGAUGUGGUUUGCUUGGACACAACAUGUAGGAAUACUAAAGAUUGUCGUCCUUUUGCACUAUUCUUUGGAGUGAAUCAUCAUAAGAAAAUUGUCAUAUUUGGUGUUGCAGUGUUGUAUGAUGAAUCAAUUGAUACUUUUAGCUGGUUAUUUGAUACUUUUUUCAAAGCAAUGUCAGGGAAAAGGCCAAAGACCAUACUUACAGAUCAAGAUGCAUCGGUUGCUAAGGCAAUAUCAACCCAGCUACCAGAAACCUAUCACCGUCUCUGUGUAUGGCAGGUGCACCAAAAUGCCAUUAAGCUUCUUAAACCAUUUCGGACUUCCAAUACUUUUGCCAAAGAUUUUAGUAAUUGCAUGUAUGACCAUGAUGACGAGGAGGACUUUUUGAAUGCAUGGAAUUUGUUAUUUGAACGAUAUGAGUUUCAUCCUUCAGAAAAAGAAUGGUUGCAAAGGUUGUUUGAGAUAAAAGAGAAAUGGGCUUUAGUCUAUGGACGAGAAAGCUUCUGUGGGGACAUAACCUCUGCACAACAGAGUGAAUCCAUUAGUAAAAGACUGAAGGAGUAUGUUAGCUAUAAGCAUCAUAUGUUGCAAUCUUUUUGGAAUUUCCAGAGGUUGAUGGAAAAGAGACGAUAUGAAGAGUUGAAAGACGACUUGAGAGCAAAUCGUAGUACCCCUACAUUGGCAUUUUCAGUGGAGACGUUGAAGCAUGCAGCAAGAUUAUACACACCUGAAAUAUUUGAAAAUUUCCAGUAUCAGAUUGGGCAAACUUGGUCUUAUGAUUUGCACAAGUGUGGUGAGGUAGGGACAGUGACUGAGUACAAACUAAUCCAUCAUGAGAAGCAAAAUCAGUACAUUGUUACAUUUGACGCUUCAGAAGACACAGUUGUCUGUAGUUGUAAGAAGUUUGAAUUUGUUGGGAUUUUGUUUUCCCAUGCUUUGAAAGUUCUUGGCUGUAGAAAUUUUAGGAGGGUCCCACCCCGAUACAUAUUAAAGAGGUGGACAAAAGGUGCAAAAGCUGGAGUUGUUGGAGUUACAAAUGGCUUGACCACCCGAGGUGACCCAAAGGUAGAAUUUGGAAGGCGUUACAAAGAUUUGCUUCAAAUUUGUGUUCAAUUGGCAUCAAAAUCUGCAGAGUCUGAAGAGAGAUAUGUAGUUGCUGUUUCUUGCGUCGAGAAGGCAAUAAAAGUAAUGGAAGGAAUGGGAUAUAAAGCUGUACAGAAACCUUCAACUGGUAGUACAGAUGAUGCAGAAAGUGUGUGUGACCUAAAUAGAGCUGUACCUGUUGAAGGUAUAGAUGUUUCUGUUGAUUGUAUUGAGAGAACCCAUAGUGAUGAUGACAGCAAUACAGAAGCACCCAUUAUAGUAACAAGCAUGAAAACUAAGGAAAUAGGUGCGAGUGGUUCUAAUAAAAGGCCAAAGAAUUCGGCAGAUAAAACUCCUAGAGGGAAUAUAACUAUGAAUGAACCCACUUCUGUGCCAAGCUCAACACAUUCUGUGCCCUGUUUUCCAGUUGAGUGCUAUUCAAGCUCAUUGCCUCCACCAACUCAAUUUAUUCAGGGGCUUCAUGGUUUCAAAGCAAAUCUCUCAAGUGGUCAUUAUAUUAUUGGUACCUCAUAUCCACCAUCCAUGACUCCAUUUAUUCAGCCAUCUGAUCCAAACAUUGUCUACCACCAAAAUAAUUCCGGCGCUGUCUACCAUCAAUCUAACCAAAGCACUGAUUAAUUUGAGUUUCUUGCCAUUAAUCGAGUUGCCCAGGUAGAUACCAACAGUAUCCUUGUAGCAAUGGGGAACCUUAGCAUCAAAAGGAAGUACAAGGAAACCAAAGCCUUGCUAUACAGAUAUUUUAAGGGCUUGGCCGUUGUUGCUAUGGUUGUGAAUUCUGCAUCUUCUUUGUUUGCUUAUGUUGCUGACUGCACAUGCUUCUGGGCCUUUUCUUAUGUUAGAAAAGGUGCAGGACCAGAAGAGGUAAGAGAAGCUAGACCGAGUCUGAUGAGUUAGGAACCCUGAAAAUGAAGCUUGUGGGAUUAAAAGAGGCCUACCUCUGGUACAAUGUUGAGAUUCACUCUCAAGGCGAAGACUUAGCCACAAGUUCAAAUUUCAGAGAGAGGUUAAUCAUCCUUAGCGAUGUUAUUUCCUGAUGCGCAGUCUGAAUGGAAACUGGUAGAUCCUAAUUCUGACAUACCAUUAUGUAAAUAGAGCUUAUGUUGCUUUAAAGCACA